AUGAGGGGAGCCUGGCGCCCAGCCGCUCCCACUUCUCCAGGGAGCCCCCACACCGCCAAGCAAGGGCGCAGCCCGACUCUUCAGGGUGGAUGUUUGCGCAUCGCAGAUUGUUGUACUGUUUUUAAUCUUCAGAACCAGUUUAUUCAGAUACGGCCCUGUACGCAGUGUCCCCCCGCGGCCCUGGCCGGCCAGGCCCCGGGCGCCCCGGUGUCCUGCCAGAGCAACCUGUGCAAGGUCAGGGUGAGGAUCAACAAGCACAUUCCGGGCAGGUCGGUGGAGCAGUCCAGGGAGGCGCCCAUCGACCUCAACUCCACCGUGCAGGUCUACUGCCCGGACUACACGACUUUCCACCAGUACUGGCAGAUCUUCUCCGUGCCCUCGGUCCAGGACCAGCCCGACUGGGACCAGCCUAUACACAACCCAUACCUGGACCAGGCCAGGGGCAGUGACUUCCUCCACAUCCCCGGAUCCUACCUGCCUUGGGGGGUGUAUGUGUUUAAUGUCACCGUGGAGAUCCUAGCCAAGGAGGACCACAAAAGGACCACAGUGACAGGCUCCGAUUCCAUCUACAUCUCGCUCCUUAGGAGAGACCUGAAAGCCGUCCUUCUCGGAGAUGCCAACCUAACCGUUCAAUUCUCAGAUAAGGUAGUCCUGGACGGGACCAAGUCCUCUGACCCAGACUCCCGCAGACCCAUCGACCCACAGCAUUUCUCAUGGUAUUGUACCACCCACCUAGGAAACUAUGCCGGGGGCCAGGUAGCAGUGACAGCAAAGGGCGUCUGUCACCCAGAGCAGGCUAGUCUCAAGUGGCCCUGGGCCUCUGGUCGGGUGCUGACCCUUUCCCCAGAAACACUUAAAGGGGACGCCGUGUAUCAUUUCAGAAUGGUAAUACGGAAGGGUGACAGAAGGGCAUUUUCAGAUAAAACGAUUCGAGUCCUGAGAGGUCCCACCCCCACGGCCCACAUUUCCUGUCUUGAGAACUGUGACAACACGUUAGUGCUCUCUGACAGAUUUUCUCUGUUUGUAAACUGCACGACUUGCUGGAGCUUGGAUGUCUACACGUGGUCAAUUCUGUCCUCAUCAGGAGACGAGAUACCAUUUGAUUGGAUGGGGCAAACAGUGACUGGGAGGAAUAAUGUGUAUUUGUCUAUAAAAACGUUUGCCUUUGGGAAUUUUCUGGAAGCUACAUUUUGGGUUUCUCUCUCUCUAGCCAGUUGGAGUGGUGCAACCUUGGAUUUAAAGCAUUCUUUCCUGAUCCACCAUGGCCCUCAAUUCGGGGAAUGCAAAAUCAACCCAACUAGAGGGCUUGCAAUGGUUACCAAAUUUGUGGUGGAGUGCAGUAACAUUAAGACAAAACACACCCCCCUUACCUAUAAAAUAAUAGUUUCUGAUUUGGAUGGAGUUGCUGAAAUCAGUUCUGUAAGAGAGAACACUUUGGGGGCCAUUCUCUACUGGGGGACGGAGCCCGUCACCCCCCCCUCCUAUCUCCCCAUGGGCAUGUUGGCCAACAAUUUCACCAUAAAGAUAUUUGCUCGGGUCUAUGACAACCUCCACACUUUUUCUCAGAUGACUUUGUAUGCCACAGUCCGGGGGCCUUUGGACAAAUUCUCCCCAAAGACUGUGUUGAAUCAGUUACUCAACAUCACCCGGGGACCCACUUCAUUGCUGUCUUCUUUACUUCAGAAGCAGAACUGGUUACCUGCUGGUUACCUCAUGUAUGCAGCAGCUUCUGUUUUGAAUAACAUGAGAAAGGAAGCAACACUGAAAGAAAGCAAAGCCGACCUCCGGGCACACCUCAUCAAUCAGUCUUUUGAGCUGCCCACGAGCACGUUGGAUGAAAUCAACCAGGUGGUGGUGCUUUUCACCAAGCUGACUCGGCGAGCUUCUGAAUUCACUCGAGGGGCUCAGGACCGUGCCCUGGAGAGGGUAGGGCAGGCAAGUCAAGCCCUGCAAGAAUAUCAGCGAAAAGCCAAGCACUUUCACUCAGAGCAGAUAGAAAUCCUGAGCACUGGCGUGGUGACGAGUUUGUCAAAUAUCCUUCAACAGAUGAACCGUUUCGAAGUGGUUGAAGAUCCUUUCUAUGUACUGGAAUCACUAUCCGACCUCAUCUUGGCUACUAAAGUGCCAGGGAAUGAGACCACGACGCUGAAGACCUCCAGCUUUAACCUGUAUCUGGCAAAGGUGGAAAAGCAGGAUGUGACCCGAGCAUUCCGAAACGAGAAACACUGCCCGCACUGUCUCCACGCAACCCUGAAUGUGAGCCGGAUCCCCAGCUUGCCUGCCAAGGCUCCCAUCUCCAUCAUGUUUUUCGAGUUUGCAGAAGAUCCCUUCCCUUGGCUAAGUUCCCCAGGAAACAUUUCCACAGAGGUGGCUGGGUUCCGAAUGACUGGAAGCAUGAAGAAUGGCAGUGUGCUGGAGGUCACACCUGACGUGGCGGAAGUGUUCCUCCUCAGAAAAAACCUGGCCUCUGCCACGUUCAAUCUCACCAUGGGGCCAAGCAAUGAAAUCGAUGGGGUCUCGAGGGUGACCACAGGGGCCUUCAGCUUCGCUGUAGACAGCAGAGAGGUGAAGGAGGUGCUGGUCCACAUUGUGACUGAGGUGACCCUCCUGUUCCACGUCCUGGUGUACGCGGGCAGUCAGCUCGCCCCUACCCAUCUGGCGGCUACCUUCCUCGUGCCUCCCGACAUGCCACCAGUCAUCAAGCAGCACGACCUGUUUGACCCAACGUGCGCCGUGAAGGAGGCCCGCGUGAUUUGUCUGUCACCAUCCCUGCUGCAACUGCUAGCUCAGUACAGCCGCUCGCCCAAUUAUACCAUAUCUCUGCUGCUGAAGGCUCCUCGCUUUGUCCUGGAACCCAGCAAUCAGCUUGUGAGAAUGUCCGUCUUCACCGUCCGCUGUCUGAACAUGGACGGCAUCCAGGAGUGGAGAGAGGGGGCCUGUGUGAUUGGGGAGAAAACCACCUGGGACAAAGUGCACUGUGUCUGCAGGAGCUUGGGCAGGAGCAGGCGGCAGCUGGGCUCCAUCAAGCUGGUCUACCGCCACCUGCAUACCCACUACGUGACUGCCAACGUCAUCGUGGCCCCCAACCCCGUGGAUCUGCGGCUAAUCGUCAUCAGGAACCUUAAUCAAAACCCUGUGACCCUCUUGGUGGUGCUCUUCAUUAUGCUAGUCUACAUAGUUCUAGCUUUCUGGGCCUUGCAUAGGGAUGCGAUGGACCAGUUUCUCAGGGACCAUGUGAUCAUCUUGCCUGAUAAUGACCCUUAUGAUAACAUCUGCUACCUGGUCACAGUCUUUACGGGAAGUCGUUGUGGGUCAGGGACCAGGGCGGAUGUCUUUGUCCAACUUAGGGGCACAGAGAGUACCAGCGACGUGCAUUGUUUGAGCCACCCAUAUUUUACAACUCUGUAUGCAGGAAGCAUCAACACCUUCCUCCUCACGACGAAAAGUGAUCUGGGCGACAUCCACUCCAUCCGCGUGUGGCACAACAACGAGGGCAAGGCACCCAGCUGGUACCUGAGUCGCAUCAAAGUGGAGAACGUGUUUAGCAGGCACAUUUGGCUGUUCAUGUGCCGCGUGUGGCUCUCCGUGGACACCACGUUGGACCAGACAUUCCACGUGAUCCGGCCAGAUGAGCCUCUGAGUCGGCUGGACUUCUUCCUGAUUGACGUGAACCGGAAGCUCGGGAGAAACCACAUGUGGUUCUCGGUGUUCGCUGGCAUCGUUGCUAAACCAUUCAACAGGCUCCAGAGGCUGUCCUGUUGCUUAGCGAUGUUGCUGAGCUCUCUUCUCUGUAACAUUAUGUUCUUUAAUCUGAACAAACAAGAGCAUGCCGAGAUGCCAGAGAGGCGGUACAUCAGAUCGAUGAUGAUAGGGAUCGAAAGCGUCUUAAUUACAAUCCCCGUGCAACUACUAAUCACUUUUUUUUUCACUUACUCCCAGAGGAGUCCUCAAGUGAGGCUGGAGGAGGUGGCACCUCAGAAGCAACCUUUCCUCACAAUGCGAGAAGGUGAGCACUGGAGAGAGCAUUUGGACAAAUGGCACACGCACGAAACCACCAAGACACAAGCCGGGGAGUCCUGGAGGAGAUCUUCUAGGCUUUCAAAGGAUUCUCUCAAGGAGGUCUUGGAAACAAAGCCUUGGAGGAACCGAGCAGAGGCCCAGGACUCACUGGAUGAGAGCGACAGUUUCGAAGAAGACAGUCGAGGUGCCCUGUCAAGAAAGCGUUCCCUCCCGGAGGAUAUGAAGUUUGAGAAGAAGCCCCGGAUCGUCCUGCCCUGGUGGUGUGUUUACGUCGCCUGGUUCCUCGUGUUUCUCACAUCUGGCGUAUCUUCAUUCUUCAUCGUCUUCUAUGGCCUGACUUACGGGUAUAACAAGUCAAUUGAAUGGCUCUUUGCGUCAGUCUGUUCGUUCUGUCAGUCGAUUUUUCUGGUGCAGCCCAUGAAGAUUCUCUUGAUGUCAGGCUUCAGGACCAAUCGGCUCAAGUAUUCCAAGAACCUUUCAUGGUCGAGCAAGUACCGUUAUACGGAGAUCCUACUGCAACAGGUGCAGCUGAGUUCCGAAGAGAUGGAACAGCUACACCAGCGCAUCACGCACAUCCGAGGCUCCCGCAUGUACCAGCCCCUCACGGAGGAUGAGAUCAGGAUAUUCCAGCGGAAGAAGAGGAUCAAGAGGCGAGCGCUCCUGUUUCUGAGCUACAUCCUUACUCACUUCAUCUUCCUGGCUCUGCUCUUGCUCCUCAUCCUCUUGCUGCACCACACGGACAGCUACUAUUACAAUCAGUUCAUCCGCACCCACUUCUCCGUGGGCCUGACAGGUGUGACGAAGCUGAAUGACAUCUACAGGUGGCUCAGCAGCGUGCUCUUGCCUUUGUUACACAACGAGCAGAAGCCUACCUUUCUUCUCGACAGCUCCUCGAAAAUCCUCGGCCUUCCACUCAUGAGGCAAGUGAGAGCAAAACCUCACCACAAAAAGUGCCCGCCUGCCCAGAUCUUGGUACAAAACGGCAUUGCUGGGGAAAUCCAUUGUCAUCCUGAGUAUGGCAUCGACACGGAAGACACCAAGAGCUAUUCUAGCUAUUGGAAAGGCGAGGGUGACCCGCCCACUGACAAGAACACCAAUGGAUUUACUUAUAAGCCUCCGGGGAAGAAAUGGGCAUAUUACUCCUAUGGGGUGUUCAACACCUAUGAAUCUGGAGGAUAUGUGUUCUAUUUCUUUCCAGAAAAGCAGCAGUUUAAUUCCUCACUAAGGCUCAAGGAACUCCAAGAAAAGAAUUGGCUAGAUGAGAGGACAUGGGCCGUGAUGGUGGACCUUACCACUUUUAAUCCAGACGCUGGCUUGCUCUGUAGCAUUUCUGUGGUGUUCGAGGUGUCUCAGUUAGGAGUGGUCAACUCCAGCCUCUCCGUGUACUCGUUCUCACUUGCUGAUUUCAACAUAGAAACAUCAGCAGAAAUCUACCUGUACAUGGCCAUUCUCAUUUUCUUUCUGGCCUAUGUCGUUGACGAGGGUUAUGUCAUUACACAAGAGAGAGCCUCCUACAUAAGAAGUGUGUACAACCUGCUGAACUUUGCUCUGAAAUGCAUCUUCACCGUGCUCAUUGUGCUGUUUCUCUGGAAGCAUUUCCUGGCUGUCAGCAUGAUUCGCUUCUACCUGGCGGAUCCUGAAAACUUCAUUCCCUUCCAUGCGGUUUCUGAAGUCGAUCACAUCGUCAGGGUGACGUUGGCCUUCUUGUUAUUUCUCACCAUUCUGAAGACACUCAGGUAUUCCAGAUUCUUCUACGAUGUGCGCCUGGCUCAGAGGGCUGUCCAGGCCGCCCUCCCCGGCCUCUGCCACAUGGCUUUGGUGGUGUCUGUGUAUCUCUUUGUGUACAUGGCUUUUGGCUAUCUGGUAUUUGGUCAGCACGAAUGGAACUACAGUAACUUGGUCCAUGCCACGCAAACCAUAUUCUCCUACUGUGUCUCGGCUUUUCAAAAUACCGAAUUUUCCAGCAACAGGGCUCUCGGGGUGCUGUUCCUCUCAUCCUUCAUGCUGGUGAUGAUCUGUAUUUUGAUCAACUUAUUUCAGGCAGUGAUCCUGUCUGCCUAUGAGGAGAUGAAGCAGCCAGUGUAUGAGGAGCCAUCAGAUGAGGUAGAGGCCAUAGCUUACUUGUGUGGCAAGCUACGAACUACGUUCAGCUUCCUGACAUCCCCAUCUAGGGCGAAGGAUGAACCUGACUUCUUUGACGAUAUGUUGUAUGGACAGCCAGAAAAGAACAGCCGCCGGUACCUGGGGCUGAAGACCAGAAACAUUAAUGGGAAGAAAAUGGUUUACCUUGUUGUUUGA